AUGUGGACUUCCGAUAGUAAUAAAGCUUAUAUUACGGUUACUUCGCAUUUUAUAUUUAAUGACCAUUUGUAUUCACCCGUGAUAGCUACAAGGGAAAUACCUGAAGUUUAUACAGGUUUAAACAUUGCCGCUUUACUUUCAAAUAUUUUAAUUGAAUGGAGAAUCAAAGACGACAAGGUUGUCACUAUAGUUUCAGAUAACGGGGCGAACAUUAAAAAUGCAAUUAAUGAGUCUCUGUGUAAACACCAUCAUCCCUGCGUCGCACAUACCUUAAAUUUAAGUGUUAACGAGGCGAUUUUGUCCAAUAAAGAGUUUCUUGAUGUUUUUAAAAAAAUGUCGAACACUGGUCGAACAUUUCAAACACAGUGUUUUAGCAUCGGAAAAAAUUAA